CUGUAACAACGUCCUAUCGUCGCUAGUGACAAACAAUGUGGAUCACUGUAGGAAUAAUAGUUGCGGCGCUGGUCGCGCUUUUGUAUAAAUAUGUAUUCGGCACACCUGGACCUAAUCCCUUUGACAACGAUACCCGAGAACCGCUGAAACCUCUGGUAAACGACCACAAAGUAAAAAACAAAGUUUUGAAACAAGGGUUUUUGGCCAGCAAGGUGCCAGAAAAUCUUGAUGCUAUUGUUAUCGGCAGUGGGAUUGGAGGGCUCGGACUGGCUGUUCUUCUGGCUAAAGUUGGCAAACGGGUUUUGGUUUUGGAGCAGCAUGAUCGUGCCGGAGGCUGCUGCCAUACCUUCAUAGAGAAAGGAUUCGAAUUUGAUGUUGGCAUCCAUUAUAUAGGAGACCUGCUUGAGCACAAACCUUUCCGCUGCAUGCUGGACCAGUUGACCAAUGGCCAGCUGCAAUGGGAGCCACUCAACAACCCCUACGACAUGGUGGUCAUCGGGCCACCUGAGAAUAGACGCACCUAUCCCAUCUACUCGGGACGCGACCGCUUCCCUCAGGAGCUCAAGAACUGCUUCCCUGGGGAGGAGAAGGCCAUCGAUGAGUACAUGAGGCUUGUGAAGAAAGCUGGUCGAGGUGUGUGGGCAGUCGCUUUGCUGAAGCUGCUCCCCCUCCCUGUGGCUAAGUUCUUGGUGUACACAGGCCUGGCUAAGCGCAUGUCGUUCUUCUUCCAAAUGGCAUCACGUAGCCUCACAGAUGUGGUCAACGGCCUAACAGACAACAAGGAUCUGAGGGCCGUUUUCGGCUACAUCUUUGGCACCUACGGAAAUAUUCCCAAAGAAUCCAGCUUCUCCAUGCAUAGUCUGCUGGUGUGCCACUACCUGUAUGGGGCAUGGUACCCCAAGGGAGGAGCCAGUGAAAUUGCCUACCACAUGAUCCCCAUUAUUGAGAAGGCAGGGGGUGCUGUUCUCGUUCGAGCUCCAGUCAACCGCAUCCUCUUCAAUGAAGCCAAUGAGGCUAUUGGGGUGAGCGUGCUGAAGGGGAAGGAGGAAGUUCACCUCCAUGCUCCCAUGGUGAUCUCCAAUGCAGGCAUCUUUAACACUUACCAGAAGCUGCUGCCAAAGGAACUGCAAGCAAGACCAGACAUCCAGACUCACCUGAACAUGAUGAAGAAUGGAGAGGGUGGAUUGAGUAUCUUUUUGGGUAUCAACGGAACCAAAGAGGAGUUGGGUCUCAAAGCAGAUAACUACUGGAUCUUUACGGAAAACAACCUGGAUGAACUUUGUGACGAGUACCUGAAGGGGGAGAGAGAGGAGUCUGCCAAACAUGUGCCGCUGCUCUUUGUGGCUUCCCCUUCAGCCAAAGACCCCACUUGGGAGGAGAGAAGCCCUGGGAAGUCCACACUGAGUCUGGUGAGCUUUGCCAAAUACGAGUGGUUUGAAGAGUGGAAGGAUGACAAGGUAACCAACCGGGGUGCAGAUUAUAAGGAACUGAAGGAUGCCUUCAUCCAGUCAGUGGUGGAUGUGGUCGUCCAGAUCUACCCACAGAUCAAAGACCGGAUUGAGUAUGUGGACUGUGGCACCCCCAUAACUAACCAGUACUACAUUGGGGCUCCCAAGGGAGAGAUCUAUGGUGCAGACCAUGGCAUUGAACGCUUUAGCCCUGAACUCAAUGCAACCAUCCGACCACAGACCCCACUGAAGAACCUGUACCUUACAGGUCAGGAUGUGUUUCUGUGUGGCUUUGCCGGUGCCUUGGCUGGAGCCCUUACCUGUGGCUCAGUCCUCCUCAACCGAAACCUUCACCUGGAUGCCAUUGCCCUAGCCAAGAAAAUGAAAAAUAUCAACUCGAAGAAGGACCAGUAACUGACUGCCAUGCAAGAGCUGAAACAAAAACUGGUCCAAGCAGCAACUCUAAGCUAAUGCAAUAACGGUCUAAUCAUCAGGAGCUCACUUUAACCAGCCAACAUCAACACUACAAAGGGUGCAGCAGUUUGUGUUGAGCUCACUCUAACCAACCAACCAAUCAACACUACGAAUGGUGCAGCAGUUUGUGUUGAGCUCACUAUAACCAACCAAUCAACAUCAACACUACAAAGGGUGCAGCAGUUUGUGUUGAGCUCACUCUAACCAACCAACCAAUCAACACUACGAAUGGUGCAGCAGUUUGUGUUGAGCUCACUAUAACCAACCAAUCAACACUACAAAGGGUGCAGCAGUUAGUGUUUCAUUGGGAUACACUUCCUCUCUCCAUUCAAUAAAACGGUAAUGACACUACUGAUGCAAGCCAAUGGAAAGCUACAGAGCUGGCAUGUCCAUUCUACCACUAUCUAACCAGUCCUGAGCAGAACCUCACAUCUCCUAACAUCGUCAGAGUUGACAGGAAUGAUGUAAACACGGCACAAAUAAUGCCAUUUUAUAUGUGGCCAUAGGAAAAACAUCUGUUUUGUACAGUCGUCGCCAUAGGAUUUGGCAGUGAACCAAAUUGGUGUUUCACAAACUUGGCUGCUUCAUUUUUUUCCCUUGUUUUACAUUUAUACUGAAGAACAAUUAAGCAUUUAGAUGUAUGUGUGUCUUUGGACACUAACACAAUAGAACACUUCAAUUAACACAAUAGAACACUUCAAUUAAAGUACUUUUGUGUGCCCUGGGCUCCCUUGAAAAAGAAAGAUCUCAGUGAGACUCACCUGGUUAAAUAAUGGAUAAAUAAUAAUAAUAAUAUAUCUAUAAUAUUGUGUGUGCGUGUGUUUCAAUUACUUCUUUCCUCCAUUUAUAGCAACUAGUGUGUUCAUACUGUAUAAUUAAGUCAAAAUGAUUGAUUUCAGCUGUGCUAAUGCUGAUGAUUUUAUUAUAGGCUAAUAAAUGCCAGGAUUAAAAUACAGUGAAAAUUGUUAAUGAAACUUUUUACAAUUACUGGUUUUGCAUCUGAUCACUCAAUGAUCUAGAUUCUAGAAACUAUAUAAAUCACCACAACAAACUGAAGCAGCAAAGUUUGAGAAACAUAAAAUUUGUGUCACUGCCAAAACUCUUGUUUCAUUUUUCCUGUAAGAGAUGGGAUUUCUGUAAUUUACUGCCUGGUUUAUAUUUUACAUGUCUUUGUGAAUGUUGUGUUCCACUAAAUAAUAAAUCAAUCUGAUAAUGA